UUGGCGUCAACCUGUAAAAAACCAACCCGCUCAACGUCAAAACAAUAAUAUUAAAUAGCUUAAACAAUACAAAACCGUAAUAUAAUGUGAAUCGCAAAUAACCCAGUGAGCACUUCGAAGAUCUAAAUGGCGGCGGCAUUGGAGUCCCCAACACCCGAACAUUCGUGGAUGGAAUUUUGCGAAAGACAUGCAUCUGUAGCAGCCCAAGAUUUUUCAAAAAGCUGCAUUCAGUUCAUGUCGUUGAACCUGUCAGAAACAGCCAAAGCGACAAUAACGUACAAAGAUUUCCUAAAAAAGUUCAUCGACACGUUUAGCGAGCACUUUGAAACCGAUUUCAACAAGCGCAAAUCACAGACCAACAAAGUAGUCAAUGGGGCUUCAAGACUGGAAGAUGACACCUCCGAGAACGAAGAGGGGUCACCGAAAAUGCAACAGAAACCGUUUUUUAGGAGGUUAAGUUUCAAGAUGUUGAGGAAGGGCAAAGAUUUGUUCCACAAACAGCAUUCGGAUGAGGUGGAUCUGGCGCAUAAUAAGACGAAAUUGGCGAAGAUUGUGGUGGAAUGCCGCAAAGAAGGGAUUGUGAAUUAUUCAACGCCGGAGAGUUUGGACCAGCCAGGGGGGCCUCCGAAGUGGGAGAAGUGCCGGUUGGCGCUUGUCAAGGCUGUGGGGGGAUAUAUGUUAGAAUUUUACUCGCCACCAAAGAGUACAAAACCAAGAAGCGGCGUUUUUUGCGCUUUAAUCACGGAGGCCCGCGAAACAACAGCCCUGGAAAUGCCCGACCACGAAAAUACGUUUGUCCUCAAAGCCAACAACAGCCUAGAAUUUGUUAUAGAGGCACAUGACACCGACGACAUGAGGUCGUGGCUGGCUACCAUCAAGUACUGUAUCCGUUCGGGGGCAGGCUAUGGCGACGCCGGCCCUGGAGAGCACGGUUCGCGGGACUACCAUUCAGAUGCUCCAGAGCUACCACCAAGACAUGUCUCGGGUCGAGGGGGCGACCGGCUGUCUUCCAGUAGUAACUUUGACAUGUGCCCGUCGUCAGGAGAUGGUAAAAAGAAUAAUAAUAAUAAUAAUAAAUGGGUAUUGUUUAAUCUGGUUGUAGCUAUGGAGACUGACAUCGGGCAAACCCUGAAGAAGGAGUUCUGGUUCCACGGUACCUUGGGUAGAUCCGAAGCCACGAAUUUGGUUCUCCAUGACGGCGCUAGAGGGCACGGUUUGUUUCUGGUUAGACAAAGCGAGACGCGGACGGGGGAGUUCGUCUUGACCUUCAAUUUCCAGGGUCGCGCCAAACACCUCCGUAUGACCAUCAACGACCAAGGCCAAUGUCGCGUGCAACACUUCUGGUUCCAGUCGAUCUACGAAAUGCUCGAGCAUUUCCGACAGCAGCCGAUCCCUCUCGAGAGCGGCGGCAGUUCCGACGUCACCUUAACCGACUUCGUCGUCAACCCCAACGCCAGAGGGCAGCUCCAAGGUUCGAUGGGUCGCGGCAGUUCGUCCAAUCAAACUCAAGCUUCUUCCACCAAUGGCGUCCACGAACGUAGAGUUCCACCGAUCCCAGAAAUCAGACAAGUUCAAACUCACAAUGGAAGUGUACGAACUCAGGAAACUACUCUGGAACAAAUUUCGGAAGCUAGAGCUGUAGAAAACCAGUAUAGUUUUGUGUAAUAACACAGUCGGCCAUUUUGUUCACCCGUUCAUUUUGUACUUGAUUGUUUUUGUACACUGCAGUGAAAUCGUUUAUUUUGCACAGUAACAGCAACAUAUCAGGGCAUAAUAGGCAGGCAAUUUUUCCAUAAUAAAACUGUCCAUUUGUGUUGUGAUAGCUAAGUACUGAAAUUAAGAGAAAUGGUAUUUGUGUAGUGGUCUGUGUAUGUCGCAGACGGAGUUAAACCGUUCCUAUUCAGUAUUACUAAAAUACCUCUGAGAUAGUGAAUGUUACUGAACAAACCGAGCUCUACUGGAUCAAACUAGUGUCACGUGACGUGACGUCACGUCACGCGAGGCUAGCGAAUAAAAUUCACAGCGGCAUUUGAGAUGCUCAAGAUUUUCCACUUGAUGUUAAUAGGGAUUGUGUCUCAUGAAAUACUGGUAUUUAUCUGGCUUCAGCUUACAUUUGUUUUGAGCUAAUAUUCAGCUUCUGAUUUCAUAGACACAGUCACUAAUCAACUUCGAUCAAAUUAUGACAAUAGAUGUUUCUACAGUUAGCACUAGUUUAAACUGUAAUUUUCUCAUAGCUGUCCACUAGGUAUGUGUACAAAUUGUAAUUACUUUUAGUAUUGUAAUAUAUGUUAUGCCAUUACUUAA